AUGGUCAGCUCCUGUUGUGGCUCUGUCUGCUCUGAGGAGGGCUGUGGCCAAGGCUGCUGCCAGCCCAGCUGCUGCCAGUCUGUGUGCUGCUGCCCUAGCUGCUGCCAGCCCAGCUGCUGCCAGACCACCUGCUGUAGGCCCACCUGCUGCAGGCCCACCUGCUGUGUGUCCAGCUGCUGCAGACCCAGCUGCUGCCAGUCUGUGUGCUGCCAGCCCACCUGUUGCCGCCCCAGCUGCUGCCGCCCCAGCUGCUGCAUUUCCAGCUGCUGCAGGCCUUCUUGCUACCGCCCCAGCUGCUGCGUGUCCAGCUGCUGCCGCCCGAGCUGCUGCAACUCCAGUUGUUGCAGUCCCAGCUGCUGUGUGUCUAGCUGCUGCCGCCCCUCCUGCUGUGUGUCCAGCUGCUGCAGGCCCCAGUGCUGCCAACCCACCUGCUGUCGCCCCAGCUGCUGUGUGUCCAGUUGCUGCAGGCCCAGCUGCUGCCAGUCUGUGUGCUGCCAGCCCACCUGCUGCCACCCCAGCUGUUGCAUCUCCAGUUGUUGCCGUCCCAGCUGCUGUGUGUCCAGCUGCUAUAGGCCCACCUGUUGCCAGAGCACCUGCUGUCGCCCAGCAUGCUCUAGCUGUUCUUGUUGCUGA